CCCACCUCACCGUGGCCAUGGCGCGCCCCGCGAGCCUGCUGUCGGCGCUGUCUGUCCUGCUACUGCUGCUGCCGCUGCUCGGAGCCGGGGACCCCCUCCCCACAGAGGGCCGGCUCACGAAUAGCUGUAUCCAGGCCAGGAGGAAAUGCCAGGCCAAUCCGAAUUGCAAUGCUGCUUACCACCACCUGAGCUCCUGCACGGCUAGUGAAAGCACCCUGUCACCAGCAGAGGAGCCUUCCGUUUCUCUGGACUGCUUGGAGGCAGCACAGCACCUCAGGAACAGCUCUCUGAUGAGUUGCUCGUGUCACCGGCGCAUGAAGAACCAAACUGCCUGCCUGGACAUCUACUGGACUGUUCACCCUGCCCGCAGCCUUGGUGACUAUGAGCCGGAUGUCUCCCCCUAUGAAGACACAGUGACCAGAAAACCCUGGAAAAUGAAUAUCAGCAAACUGAGCAUGCUCAAGCCAGACUCGGACCUCUGCCUUAAGUUCGCCAUGCUGUGCACGCUUAAUGACAAGUGUGACCGGCUGCGCAAGGCCUAUGGGGAGGCCUGCUCCUCGGGGCCCCACUGCCAGCGCUCCACCUGCCUCCAGCAGCUCCGUGCUUUCUUCGAGAAGGCAUCAGAGCCCCACGCGCAGGGCCUGCUGCUGUGCCCCUGUGCGCCUUCUGACCUGGGCUGCGGGCAGCGCAGGCGCAACACCAUCGCCCCCAGCUGCGCGCUGCCGCCUGGGACCCCCAACUGCCUGGAGCUGCGGCGCCUCUGCCACGCGGACCGGCUGUGCAGAUCACGCCUGGCCGAUUUUCAGACCCAUUGUCAUCCCAUGGACAUCCUAGGGACCUGUGCUACAGAACAGUCCAGAUGUCUGCAAGCAUACAUGGGGCUGAUUGGAACUGCCAUGACCCCCAACUUCAUCAGCAAUGUCAAUACCAGUGUUGCCUUAAGCUGUACCUGCCGAGGCAGUGGCAAUAUGCAGGAGGAGUGUGAGCGGCUGGAAGAGUUGUUUUCCCACAACCCCUGCCUCAUGAAGGCUAUUGCAGUUAAGAUGCGUUUGCACAGCCAGCUCUUCUCCCAGGACUGGGCAGACUCUACCUUACCUGUGAUGGAACGCCAGAACAAAAACCUUGCUUUGAGGCCACAGCCAUGGAUGCCCUCUCUUUUCUCCUGCACACUUACCUUGAUUCUGCUCCCAAGUUUCUGAUAGCUGGACAUCCCUGGGGGCCCUCUUCCCCUCUACUACACCCAGCCUGAACCCUCUACUACACCCGCCUGCAAGAAAUGAGGAAAGGACACCAUCCAGAAGGAGGUGCAGGACACAACAUGACCACCCUGACAUCCCCACCAUUGCACAUCCACACAGUAGAAGCUGACUGGCGAAGUUCUCAUUCCCUCCACUGCUGACUCAGGCCACGCCUCCUUAGGAAUUGGUCACCAUGGUUUAGCCAUAUCUUGUGGUGGUGACUGGCUCUACGAAGCUCCCUCCUGAUCCCUUCCUACCAGGAUCAUCAGGAUUUAACAAAUCAGUUAGUUGGUAUUGCAUUCUCCAGGUAGUCAGAGCUGGGUGUUCUGAGGCAGCGUAGAAACACAGUCCCUGUUGUUAGGAAAGCCAAAGCAAGAAUCCUGCUCCCAUGUCUCCUCAUCUGAAUGGAGGAUGGGAACCUGCUGCCUGUCCUGCCCUGGAAUCCUGCAGAGCAUUUGAGCAACAGGAGCUGGAGUGUUUAGGCCUUGAUUUCCUCCUGUUACUGCCCCAAAGUCCUUCCAGCCUCUUGGAUCAUGAUUAAACAUUUUGACUUAAAA